UGGAAAUUUUCUUCGCUUUCAUCAAGAAGACAUUUGAGAAGUACCGGACAGCCGUAUAGAAGAUAUUCAAUGGACACUUGGUUUUGGGUUUUUGCCUGGUUCCUUUCGAUCCUCGCGAUGGCUGGAAAUGGAUUUGUCAUCUUCCUCGUCUGCGGUAAACGUCAGCUUCGCACCAAGACCAACAUGUUUAUUGUGUCCUUGGCAGUAGCCGAUUUUUCUGUUGGGAUGAUCGCUGUUCCUUCACGUUUUUUCUGCGACCUUGUAACCGAAUGUACCGAGGGCUUUAAAGCAGGAUUACCUGUGAUGUAUAUGCGAGUGUUCAUAGUUUUCGCAUCUGGAACAAACUUGACUAGUUUAGUGUUAGAACGCUAUAUCGCUGUCGUGCAACCUUUGAAAUACUUGACUUUAAUGAAGCGUAACCGAGUCACUCAAAUGGUUGUUACAUCAUGGGGAAUUCCUUUUCUUUUCACCCUGACUUUAGUGUCGAUAGAAUUGAAUUUAGACUAUAGUGUCAAUGGCUAUUUGUGUCUGCUUUUCGAGUUAAUCUUAUGUCUAGUUUUAAUCAUUUGCCUCGUAUCCAUGUUUCUUGUUGUUUAUAAGCAGAAAUCUAGAGAUCGUGUUUUAGUUAAGCAGUUGCAGUUUAAUCAAUGGGUCGCUAAAGUUAAAACUCAAAACAGUUUAGCAUUAAAAUGGAUGGCAUUGGUAACGGGUGUGUUUCUUCUGUCUUACGGAAUAUUCAUGCGGUGUAGUUUAUUAGUUGUAAUGGGUCAUCAAUUCUGUAACGAUUUUCAGUACAAAGUACCUUUGCAAGUUAUUAACUCUGGAAUAAACCCAAUAGUGUACGCUUUCUUCAAGAGGGACAUAAAGCAGGAAUUGAAAAGAAGU